AUAAUAAAAAAAAUAAAAAUCCAAUAAUUUACAAGUAAAUCAAGUUUUCAUUUCCGUUCCAUAUAUGGUAUACUGAGCCUUAAACUUUUUGGUAAUAAACUAGACCAAUCGUUAGGAAAUAUUUCCUCUUUGGAUAAUUUGAAUUCGAGUUAUAAUUUUAAACAAAAUAAAAAACAUGAUUAUUAGGCCAAGACCCACUUCGGAUCGCUGCGCCAACACAGUAAGUAAGUAAGUAAUAAAAUACCUAGCGAUGGAAAUUCCUCAAACAAUUAUUAUCUUUAUUUAGACACAGUUCAACUGGACAUUUUUCGCAGGAUAUGAACGUUUUUCCUCUGCAAUUGUGGAUAUUUGCAUCUUUGCCAUUUUUCACCCCAAACAGGAAAGUGUUCGUAACCGUCACUUCUGACAUCACGAGGAGGCAGGACUGCUUUGUUAGGCUUCUUUCUUCUUAUAUCUAUUUCAUCAGAUAAACUUGGUCUACCUCUCUUUUUGUUUAUAGAUGGCCCAAAUAUGCAUAAACUUUUUCCUACAUUAAAUUUGAAGUCUUUCUGUUUCAUUGGCGUUAGUGUACGCUGGUGCUCCACAACUCUUCUGUACAAUAACCAGCUAUUGAUAAGAGUAACAUCAAGAAGAUGGUAAAAUAGUCUGAGGUACCAUUUUCUGGUCCUAAUUUUUAUUUUAUAUUUCCCUAGGUAUGAAUUUAGGAGGUACACACCACCCAUGUGCUGGUUAUACUUUUUAAUUAUUUGAGGACAAUAUACUUGUAUAUACUUUUUUGUUUCUUGCAGUACCUUCUUGCUGAUUCUAUUGGCUCUUGACCCACAAAAGAUGACGAUAAAAUAACUGGUUUGCUAUCGUACCACAUAACGGUAACGAUAUCUGUGUUAUCACAAUUUGCCACCCAUUGCUCUGAAUAACCUCUUUGAACCUUUUCUUUUUGACCGACUUCCCAAAAGAAGGAGGUACUCAAUUCGUCGAUUUUUUUAUGUGUGUUACGGCAUAACUCCGCCGCUAGUGGACCGAUUUUGACAAUUCUUUUUUUAUCAGUAUCUUUAAGUUAUUAACUCAAAGUAAUCAGUACUUUGAGUUAUUUCAAAACAUAUAAAAAUACAAAUCUUUCAUCUUUAUAAUAUUAGUAUUGAUAUAAUUCUGAGCAAUAGUUUAGAAGAUAGUAAAAUAUUUUGAAACCUACAGGCCCACCGCAAAUGCAAAAAUACGUAACAAUGUUAGGCAAGUUGACGAUUACAACAACAAAACGAGCAAGGGAAAUGCAAAACUUCACCGAUCAUAUAAAAUCAAUGCAAUGGAUGAAUCCCGUGAAAUAGCGAUAUAUGGAAAAAAUCACCGGAGAACGUACUAUCCAAAGAUGUUAAUAACUGAGGAAGUCUUCUGGCAUCGAUUAAAAUUGGCGUCGAUUUCCAAGUUAUGUUGAGACGCAACAUUGCGUAUCUAAAGAGCUAGUGAUAGUGGAGCUAUAGGUAUCAUAAAAAAAUCAAAUGGCCGGCUUUGAGGAGAGAUCAACUGGAGGACGGAGAGCUACCAGUAGCAGGUUAUAUAAAAUUUGACGACGAGCGAGUUGGUCCUAGACUUAAAGACUGUGACGGUUGCAUUCAUAUACCACCAUCAGAUGCUUCAGGAACUAAGGGGUUACGGAGAUGUAGAGUGUUGAAUGCUACUUCUAAUAUUAAGAUUGGUCGUUACAGUCCAAAAACUGCAAGGUACCACCCUUGAUAGAGCUGUAAUCGAACUUGGCGAAAACAUUUUGGAAAAGGGCAAAAAACUUGAGAAGGAAUAGUUUUAUCGGACUUGGAUGCUAACAAAUUAUUAAAUAAACCACAUGAAGGGCCAUUCACCGAAUUAUCUAGGCUACGAAGUUUAUCUUCUGGGAGUAAAGAAACCGUUUGCCUCGGACCGGAUGAAGCACUUGCUAACAAUGAACGAUUCUGCUUGUUGAAGAGGAACGCAAAUAAGGCCAUGGUAAAUAAUUACAAUGAGAAGCAAUCAUAAAUGCUAAGAGGCAAGGUGGCGAUGUUUGGAAACAAUUAUUUACCGUCUCCAUGGCCAUUUUAAAUCAACGCUUGGUGAGUGCACCAGAAUGCGCAUAUAGAUUAUGCCAUUUGCCCUUAAAAAUGUCGUCGCGAAAGACAGUUUUUGUCAAUAGUUGCAGACCCGAGCAACGUUUCAGACUCCUCAGAUUUGACAGCGAUGAGACUAGUAUUUAUAAUAACAUCUUUGAUCGUUACGUUUCACGACCACAUGAACUCGAAAAUUUAAGCCUUGCGGAAUUUGCUGUCCGGUUUGAAACAAUCUCUAAUACGACAUGGUCAGAAGAUAAUGGUGAUGCAGAACUAAGAGACGAAGAUAUUACGCCAGUGAGGUAUAUCAGACUGCAAGACAAUACACGAAUGCGUGUAAGAAACAGACCGGCGGUAUUACGUACCCGCUAUUAUACAAUUAAUAGUGAUAAGGACGCAUAUUAUUAUAGUUUAAUAGUCUGCCAUAUACCAUUUCGUAACGAACGUGAAUUACUUUUAGAAAAUGAAGCCGCUGAAGUGUGUUUUAUUAGACGCCAAAGAGAUCUUCGCCCUUUGCAGGAUAAUAUCAGUGCAGAACAAUUUGGUCAUACUGAGCUAAUUAUACAACAAGCCGUUGCACAAGCUACCGCGCUUAACGCUGCCCGUGAUACCGAUGUCGGCAAUGCACCUAUAUGUGUGGGUGAACAAAUAAUACAUGAAGACGAUAACUUUUGUGAAGAUAUGGAAGAACGUGCCGACAUGUCCGAUGAGUUGUUUCUUAGAAACAUUCGAGGUUUAAACAUCCAACAAAGAGAUCUAUUUCAACAAAUCUCGGCGACAAUCGAAAACGAUUUACAAGGAUUAGAGAACCAGUUGUUACUUUUUAUCACGGGCGGAGCAGGGAGUGGUAAAACAUUUCUGCUGAGAUUAAUUGUGGAGCAUCUAAAGCGUUGUUACGCGCCUACAGUAGACAUAUUACUGAAGCCAAAAUUUGUAGAAGUUGGCUCGUUAACUGGGGUUGCCGCUCGCCAAAUAUUUGGUAAAACGUUGCAUUCGAUUUUUUUGCUUCCAAUUGAAAAAAAAAUAUUAUGACAUACAAAAAAGUUACAGGUCAACGUCUGGAGAAUGAAAGGCGUAAAUGGAGGCACAUAAAUUGGCUAAUUAUUGAUGAAAUUUCAAUGGUUUCAUAUGAGAACCUAAGGAUAAUUUAUCUAAGGCUUCAGGAAUAUAAAAACAACGACAAAUUAUUUAGUGGAGACAACAUUUUGUUAAUUGGUGACAUUUUUCAGCUACCGUCGGUAAAAGGGAAUUGGUGUUUCAUACAGCCUUCGUGGCUUUUAGCAGAGGUCAAUUUGUGGCAUCAGUUUUCCUUUUGUGAACUGACUCUGAACAUGCGGCAGCGCAACGAUAGCGAAUUUAUCUAUUUAUUAAAUAGCUUGAGAGUGGGUGAAUUAACAACGGCUCAACUCGAAUUAUUAUGCGAGCGACGCCACGUACCUUUAAUUGGUGAAUUUGCGGAUGGAGUUGCUAUCCGUAUUUUUCCCACAGUUAAGCAAGUUGACGAUUACAACGAAAAAACGAGCAAGGAGAAUGCAAUACUUCACCGAUCAUAUAAAAUCGAUGCAGUGGAUGAGUACCGUGAAGUAGCGACAUAUGGUAAGAAACCACCGGAGAACGUAAUAUCUAAAGAUGUUAAUAACUGUGGUGGUCUUCUGUCAUCGAUUAAAAUUGGCGUCAAUUCCCGAGUUAUGUUGAGACGCAACAUUGCCGUAUCUGAAGGUCUAGUGAACGGAGCUAUGGGUAUCAUAAAAAGAAUCAAAUGGCCGGCAUUGAGAAGAGAUCAAUUGGAGGAUGGAGAGCUACCAGAAGCAGUUUAUAUAAAAUUUGAUGACGAGAGCAUUGGUCCCAGACUUAAAGAUCCUGAUGGUUGCAUACCUAUACCUUCAUCAAGUGCUACGUUUCAGGCACUAAGGGGUUACGGAGAUGUAGAACGCCGAAUGCUACCUCUAAUAUUAAGAUCGCUAGAUGACAUAUUUACGGUUAGAACUAGGGCGGUAUCUAAUCGCCUUCGAACUUUGAUGAAAACACCUUUGGCAAAUGCUUUCGUUGAUGUUCGUCUUGCGACGAUCCAAGAAUUUCACCUCUAACGUCGCAAUACGAAUGCCCCAGGUUAUCCCUAUUAAUCAUUACCUCGGAGUUCUGAAAACCAACAAAAUAGAACCGAGAUCAUAUUCUAUUAUUCCAUGCACGAAAUAUU